UAUUCAUAAGGUGGGCGGGACACAGCGCGGGCGUUUAUAAGCCGCCGCCCCGCCAGCCUCAGCGUACAUCGCGCUGAAGCUUUGAAGUGGUGUGUGGACCCCUGCACCUCCAGGGCACCGGUCAGAAUGGCAUCAGAUGAGGGAAAACUCUUUGUCGGUGGACUGAGUUUUGACACCAAUGAGCAGUCAUUGGAACAAGUCUUCUCUAAAUAUGGACAAAUUUCUGAAGUCGUUGUGGUGAAAGACAGAGAGACUCAGAGAUCCAGAGGUUUUGGCUUUGUUACUUUUGAAAACAUAGAUGAUGCUAAAGAUGCAAUGAUGGCCAUGAAUGGAAAGUCUGUAGAUGGACGUCAGAUCAGAGUUGAUCAGGCUGGAAAAUCAUCAGAGAACAGAUCUCGUGGCUACAGAGGGGGGUCUUCUGGGGGCAGAGGCUUUUUCCGUGGCAGCAGAGGUCGGGGCCGUGGCUUCUCUAGAGGAGGUGGAGACAGAGGCUAUGGUGGAAGCAGAUUUGAUUCCAGAAGCGGAGGAUAUAAUGGUUCCAGAGACUACUAUAAUAGCAGCAGGAGUCAAGGUGGCUAUGGUGACAGGUCUUCAGGAGGAUCCUACAGAGACAGCUAUGACAGUUACGGCUGAAGAGAAGAUGGACACUCGACGUGGAAGCUGAGUGGGGAUUCUGAAGAAGGAGAGCACUCGUUCCAAGGAAGCAGGACCAAGGCAGGAGUUUGCCAACCAGCAAUGAAAUGCAUCAGAGAAGACCAAGAAGGACAGCCAUUGACUGGAGUGGUGGAGAUGAAGAGCUUUGAGCAGUGCUGUUACGGAUUUUUAUAUAGGUCAAUUGAACAAGGAAAUAAGUCAAAUUAAGCUAGAAUAAAAUACUGGAAUGUGGAAAAAAAAAAAUGAAUCUCUGUAGUACUUUUGUGGGGAAACAUGAGAAUAUUAGAUUGUGGCCAAGGCAUACAACAGAAAUCUAGUUAUCUCGUGUACAGCCCGGUUAAAAGUACAAAAUGAACCAAUGCAGUUCUGGUUGGGGAGGCAGGCAGAGAGGGUAACCUGUCUUUAAGGGCAAGUUUGAGGAAGAAAUUCAGUUGCAUCAUUGUAACCUUGAAUUAAGUUGGCCUAAUACAUUAAGUUUGUACAUCUGCAGAACUUCAAUAGUGAAGCAGCUACAUCUGGAGGGAACUGUCAGAUGAGCAAUUACAUAAGGAGUUGGUAUUUGUGUAGCACAGAAGCUGCUGCUGCCAGUUGAAAUGGUAACAAAAAAGUAAUUUGCACUUAAAUGCUAAAGCUUUUAUGAGCUUGGAUAAUGAAUGAUUUCCUGCCAUACACACUAGAGUAAUUAAAACUGUUUUGCUGAUGAAAGUUGAGAUGCGAUGUUUCUGCUACUUAGAGAAGUAGCUGCAUGUUUGCAAAGUUGUUUUUUUUUUUUUUUUUUAUGUCCUGGAAUUUUCUAGUAGAGCAACUUCAUCAGGUGAAAGCUGUUAGGUGCUUGGAGAUGGGAAGUGGAACAAGGCAAGUGUUGCAGUACUGAGCCAGCCACGCAGCUUUUGAGUACUGGAGUUGGAAGCUUCAGAUGGAUGGUGGGAGCAUUCAGACUUUAAAAAGGCUGGUAAGAUAGUACUAGUAGGAUAGUAACUGGUUUCACCAAUCUGAUUAAUGCCAGGAAGGUGCCCUGUACAGAUGGGGUGAAGUGUGAGCUGCUUGAAUGAGUUAGAAAGUGCAGUCCUAACAGCUGGCAAUUUUUUAAAACUUAUAAAACAUUAGCCUGUGAGUAAAGAGGAGCUGCGUAGUCAGAACAAACCCUGCUGGUAUGUGUGAAUGGGAAAUUCAGCCCAAGAUGAAAGGCAAAUAAGCCACCAAUUGCAGAGGCUGCAAUUUUGUAUUGAUUCCUUUGACUCUGUGGAAUAGAAUGGCUAAUAAAAGACUUAGUGCCAUCUUCCCUAA